AUGAAGCUCUCGAACCUCGCCUUCUUGAUUCUCGCCGCCGGCGGCGCCUUGACCGCCCUUGCCGCGUCGGCAGAGCAGGUCGCCCCCGUGGGCCUGCGCGCGCGUUCACCCGAGUUUUUCCAGACUAUCCACGACAUGAUCAAUUCGAUUGCUGAGGAGGACGGGUUCAGCAUCGAGAAGCGUGGCACUACCACUCUUACCUCAAGCAAGGAUGGCGUCAACGCCAGGGGAUUCUACUACUCAGUCUACAGCCCCAACGUCGCCACUGUUAAGUACACCAGCGACGAUAACAGCGGCGCGCGGGGACUCGACUGGACUUGCAAGGCCGAGUUCCUGGCCGGCAAGGGUUACAGGUCAACCACCCCUCGACUAAUCAUUAUGUACCACAAUUCUCUCACGUACUCCGGCUCCUUCAAGGCCACCGACGACUGGACCCUUGCCGCUUACGGCUGGACGACCAACCCCGUGACCGAAUGGUACAUCGUCGACGCCCACGGCUCCGGAACUCCUGGCAACGACAAGCCGGUCGGCACGGUCACUAGCGACAGCGGCACAUACGAUGUUUACGACUUGUACUACUCCAAAGUCCCUGAGAUCUACGGCGCUACCUCGUUCUACCAGUACUGGUCUGUCCGCCGCGCUCAGCGCACCACCGGCGGUAUGAUCAAUGUCGCGAAGCACUUCAGCGGCUGGAAGUCUCUUGGCCUCAAGCCUGGAGCUCCUGUGUUCCAGAUGCUCACCCUUGAGGGCUUUUCUGGCAGCGGUUCGCUUUCUUUCAAGACUAGCUAA